UUUAUUAGGCUACUUACAUUCUGUGUGAUUGAGAUUUGGAUUUGAUUGAUUUGACUGUCGUCCACCUUCAUCUUAUUAUUUAUACCACACUCCCAAGCUACCAAGAACAAACUAGGGCUACAUCAACGUAGGAUAGAUAAAUUCAGUAUUAACAUAUUAACCAUGCCCACUCCAAAUAGGCCCACAGGCUAUUUGUAAGGGAUGAUUUAAUUGUGAUAAUGAAUCCUCUGACAAAUGUUAAAAACAUCAAAAAACUUAGUGAACAAGAGUUAAAGUCUGGUAACACAGUUUCGUCCUGGCAUAACCAAUACAAAGACAGUGCUUGGAUCUUCAUUGGAGGAUUGCCUUAUGAUCUGACAGAGGGAGAUGUCUUAUGUAUAUUUUCUGAAUGUGGAGAAAUAGUGAACAUUAAUUUGGUCCGAGAUAAGGGGACUGGUAAACAGAAAGGAUUUUGUUUUCUCUGCUAUGAAGACCAAAGAAGUACAAUUUUAGCAGUUGACAAUUUGAAUGGAAUCAAGGUUUGUGGCAGGACGAUUAGAGUGGAUCAUGUGGCGGACUACAAACCUCCGAAGGAGUCAAGCAAAGCGGAAAAACAGCUAACUCAGCUGCAACUGGAAGGCUGUGCCCCAGUACCUGUCACUCAGCAGGUAAAAACCGAAAAAACUGAUGCAGACAUAAAAAAGGAAAAGAAGCGGAAGAAAAAGGAGAAAAAAGAGAAAAAGAAAAGGCGGAAAAAAGAAAAGAAGAACAAAAAAGUUGAGAAAGAGAAGGAAGAUUCUGAUACACAGUCUUCAUCUGAUGACAGUGAAUCUGACUGAUAUAUAUUUUUACUGUAAAAUGCUUAUCUACAAAAAAGUUGUAAAUUUAAUCUUUUCUUAUUUA